AUGUCGAACCAAUUUAAGAAGAAGCUCAUCAUCAGAGCCUCUGGCCUCGCAAAGGGUGGAACUCUUCUCCUCACGUUCAAGCCUCUCGAAGACAUUGGAACUGCACAGCAGAAGGUCGCCUGGAAGGUUAUCCCGUUCGCAACCAACACCAACAAGAAGGCUCAAGCCGAAUACGUGAACCAGUAUGCUCGUUUUAUUGGUCCCCAGAUCGAUGACGACAACUUGAUCAGCCCAUCGACUUUCGGGAAUGUCAACGUCGGCGGUGCAGUAGACUUUACUUUGGACUCGGACAAGAACCUCUUGAUCAGCGAUACCGACAAGAACAAGAGGCCCGGCUUUGUAGUUGCAACAAACAGCACUGGAAAAAUCCAAGACAUCGCUAUCGGUCUCCAGCCCAACCCCAAGAAGGAUCCGGAGGCGAUCUUAUACUUCCCAAAAAUCGGUAACACGUCGCAAGUCGUCUGCAAGUAUCAUCCCAUUUUGCGCGCCUACAUGACCUCGGACUACCAGGAGACUGAAGUUAUCUCUGGUGAGAUCCAGACGGGUAUGAUCUGGGAGCGGGACCUCGCUCAGCUCGAGGAUACAACGAACUGGCGACUUACCUACAACGGCAGCACCGGCCAGUAUAGCCUUAACCCAGACGAGGAUUCGUAG